UUUUAGAUUAUACAUAUUUAAACGUUACCAAGUUUUAAAUAUUCCAGUCUAUUUGACCAUCAUGUUCGGAAAGCAUUUCCGAAGCGUCGCUGUGCAACUUGGAAAAAUUUCUCAAGCUACAGCUUCUUCUAAUGCGGCAGAAUCUUCUCGUUCUGAAAGAAUGGAAAGGCUUCGAAAUGGUAUUGUAGAGGCCUUUGUAUCUUCGGACAUUAAUGUGAGGCCUAUUUAUUUGGAUGUUCAGGCCACUACUCCUACGGAUCCUCGUGUUGUUGAUGCAAUGUUACCUUACCAACUGAAUGAUUUUGGAAAUCCACAUAGUAGGACACAUGCGUAUGGUUGGGAAACGGAAAAGGCAGUUGAUAUUGCUCGUAAACAAGUUGCUGAUUUGAUUGGUGCUGAUCCGCGUGAAAUUAUUUUUACAUCAGGCGCAACAGAGUCAAAUAAUAUUGCAAUUAAAGGCGUUGCAAAUUUUUAUCGAGUUGCGGGAAAAAACCAUGUGAUUACUGCUCAAACUGAGCACAAAUGCGUUCUAGAUUCAUGUCGUUUUCUUGAAAGUGUUGGCCAUGAAGUGACAUAUAUCCCUGUCAAAAGCAAUGGCGUGAUUGAUCUGGAAGUUCUUGAAGAAGCUAUUCGUCCACAAACAUCAUUAGUUUCAAUUAUGGCGGUAAAUAAUGAGAUAGGUGUACGUCAACCAUUAAAAGAGAUUGGAGCUCUUUGUCGCAAAAAAGGCGUUUUCUUUCACACUGAUGCAGCCCAAGCUGUUGGAAAGAUUCCUUUGAAUGUUGAUGAUUUAAAUGUAGAUUUGAUGUCGAUAAGUGGGCAUAAAAUAUAUGGUCCUAAAGGAAUCGGUGCACUGUAUGUUCGCAGAAGACCUCGAGUACGAGUCGAGCGUGGUCUUCGGUCUGGAACUCUUCCUGCCCCUCUGAUAAUUGGUUUUGGAGUUGCUUGUGAUAUUGCUCAGCGUGAGCGCGAAUUCGAUUAUGCACAUGUCUCAGCAUUGGCAAAACGUUUAAUUGAUGGACUAAACGCAGGAAUUCCAAAUAUAAUGCGCAAUGGUGAUCCUGAUAUGUGGUACCCAGGUUUGUUAUUAUUAUACGCGUGUCUCAACGGUUGUUUCAUAUUUAUUUUGGGCUGCGUCAACCUUUCAUUUGCUUACAUUGAGGGAGAGAGUUUGCUUAUGGCACUUAACGAGGAUUUGGCCCAUUCUUCAAUUCGUUUUGGUAUUGGAAGAUUCACAACUGAGGAAGAGGUGGAUUUUACUUUAAGAAAAUGUGUUACUGAAGCACAUCGACUUAGAGAGAUGUCACCACUUUGGGAAAUGGUGCAGGAAGGAAUUGAUUUGAAGACAAUCAAGUGGACUCAACAUUAA